AGCUACUUUCAGUAAAUCUAAGAAGCAUUUUCAUUCAGAAGAUAGAUCGUUGGAAUGAAGAGGAUUUGGUGAUGGGAGGCCCAAGUGAGGCUUGACCGUCUAUCUUGCAUCUGAUAGGAUGACUAUGUGUGGCGUUCCGUUUGGGCGGGAAUUCGGAGUUUGAGUGAAUCCCGUUAAGUACCUAGGUAGCAGAGUUGGGUCCGAUAAAUACUUGUUGCUCUCUCCAUUGUCGGCACAGUCUUGUUGGUCAUGGCCAGCUUUCAAGCUCCUGAGGGAUUCGAAAGGCUGACCGACGUUGUUUUCUUAUAUACGCCAGGCCCAGAUCCGGACGUCACCAUCGCUCCGACCUUAAAAAAUGGAAACACGGAUGCUCCACCUGAUCUGAUCCUCCUCGCGACCUGGAUGGGGGCUGGACCCCGCCAUGUCUUGAAGUACACAUCUGGUUACCAGUCGCUUUUUCCGUUCGCGCGAAUUGUGCUUAUUGUGAAUGGUCCGUCCGACAUCAUUUUAUACUCAGCCAAAGCACAACGAAAACGCGUCGAGCCAGUGGUCGAGAUCAUAAAAUCUACAACCAACAAGACACCCGGCCGGAAGCCCCGAAUCCUUCUCCAAACCAUGAGCAACGGAGGAGCCUACCAAAUCUCCAAAGUUGCAGAGGUGUUCAAGGAGACGGAAGGGCUCCCGCUACCAGUGAACGCAAUCAUCGUGGACAGCGCUCCGGGCAAGGAUUCUAUUAGUGGAAGCACGCGCGCAUUUAUGCUCGGCCUUCCAAAAUCAUGGAUUGUACAGACGAUAGGGGCCGUUGUGAUGUACGGUGUGAUGGUCUUUUCUGUUGUAGCCCAGACCCUCACCUGGCAAGAGCAAAUUGUGACGGGGCUUCGGAAGAAUCUCCUUGACAAAAGCCUGUUCAAUCCAUCGGCUUCCAGGUGUUACAUCUACUCGAAAGCGGACGAGAUGGUAUGGUGGAAGGAUGUCCAGGAGCAUGCCUCGGAAGCACGCGCAACGGGUUGGCACAAUGUGGAAGAAGUCGUCUUCGAGUCCAGUGCGCACUGUGGCCAUAUGAGAACACACGAGAAAGAGUAUUGGGAUGCUGUUCUGACGACCUGGAAGACAGGUGCAAGUUAAGGGCCUCAGCGCUGGACACUUGAUGGAUUGGAUGAUGGUUGAAGGAGUCUCGUCACUGUUCAAUAUCUUGACUAGCACCAUCUAGGUCUAGACUACGGAAGCUAGUCCAAAUUGGGUGCCAAUUACGGAUAUUCCAUU